UGUUCCACUUUCAGCAAGAUAGCGGUGGUAGAAUCAAGAAAAUAUUUUUGCGACAAAUGGGGAGGUCCUGGAAGGAUACAAGGGGGAGGCUGUAUGAUAAGCAUUACAAAACAACCAUGACACUUGAGCAGAAUCUUGACAACUGCCCGGCGAAAAUUCCUAGAGAGCAUUGGAGGUGGUUCAUUGAUUAUCGUAAUGAUCCUGCAACAAAGGUGAAGUGCAAGCAAAACGCGCUGAAUCGAAAGAAGCAACUUUACACGCACACUGGCGGUUCUAAAAGCUUGGCUAGGGUAAGGGAAGAAGAGUCACAAAAACAAGGGAGGAGAGUUGGUAGGAGAGAAGUAUGGAUCCUAAAGCAAAAACGACUUGAUGGCAGCUAUAUACACGAAGAAGCUCAGAGGAUUGGUGUAAGUACACUUAAUCAUUUAUGUUGUAACAUGUUGGGUUUAGUUAUUAAAAUGUCUAGAUUAUGCUAUAUUUCUAGUAAAAAAAUAUCCGAGAUUGAGCAGCUGGAUGAAUCUACAAGAAUAUUGUCAGAAAAUGAUUUCCUUGCCCAAGCUCUCGGUAAAGAGCACCCGGGUAGAGUGCGUGGCAUAGGACACGGGCCGACACCAAGUCAACUCUUCCGUCCGAGUUCGCAGCCGCUGGUGGAUAGAGCUCAAGUAGAAGAGGCUCAAAAGAUGCUGUGUGAACUACUGACGGAGGUGACAACCGAAAAAUUGGAAAAGAAAGCAAUGGAGGAUGAAUUAGCACAAGAGAAAACGAAGAGGCAGGCAAUAGAGAGUGUGCUAAGUUAUCUGGUCCAACAGCAAGGUGGGGAGCUGCCACCAGACAUCGCUGCACGGAUGAAUUCUUUGGAUGAACAUGGCGGAAAUUAG